CAGACAUCUCUUUCUGCUCUCUUUUCUAUCCCUGGGUGUUUUACUAUAGCACAUGACUGAUUAGCCUCCCCCGGACAAUAGAUAAGACUAGAUGAAUAGACUUCAGGCUUUGAAGUGUGUGUGUGUGUUUAAUUGAAAUUCUCUGUUGCUCUCUCUUAUAGGGUAUGGGAGGUGAGUCUGGUUCUAUAUCCCUCCACGGGUGAAGAUUCCCUCUCUCAGUUUGUGCGACUCACCCUGACUUUGACUCUCGACUUGCAGUAUCCCUCCUCUCCUCCCUCCAUUUCCAUCCACAACCCUCGGGGUCUUUCUGAUGACAAGCUGUGCAGGUAACUAGAGGAAAUCUGUUGUCCUCCAUCUUAAGUUCAUUGUAGUCUUAUCCACUGCUCUGAUGAAGGGUUGUUAAAAAAAAUGGUUUCCUCUGCUGCUUGUAUUGCUCCCAGAUUUCUCUCUCUCUCCAAGUGUGCAGAAAUGUCUGCAGAAAGAAGCGGUGUCCUGCCUGGGUUCUGCUGUGUUGUACCAGCUCAUUGAGGCCAGUUCUCUUUCUCUCGCUUUAUUUCCCCCUCUCUCGCUCCGUUUCCCUCAUUUUCUCUUUCUCUCACUCCCUCUGUUCUUAGUUGGAGGCCGCAGUAAUUUAAGUACUGUAUUUGUGAUAUUAAAAUUAGAACUGUGGCUCGAGGAUGCCCUUUGACCUGAUUUUAUUUUAUUUAGAAAUGUAUAAAUAGAGAUGAAUAUCAAGUACCUGACUCAGUCCCUCUUUUGUCUCUCUCAGAAAGCCAAAGACAUUCUGACAGAGAGCAAUAUUCCCCAUGGGAACUGCGUCAUCUGCCUUUACGGGUUUAAGGAUGGGGAGGCGUUCACCAAGACCAGAUGCAACCAUUAUUUCAACUCCCACUGCCUAGGCCACUACAUCACCCACUCUGAGACUGAGCUCCAGGAGAGGGGUAAGGAGCUGGAGCAGGACAAGACACGGGAGAGGACCGAUGAGCCGCCUCCUGACUCAGACAAUGUCAGCGCUGAUGGGAAUGCCUCUCCCAGCCGAUCACUGCUCUCCCUUCCCCCUGCCUCCACCAAUCAGAUCACAGCACCAAAGCUGCAGCACGCUGGCCACUCACGUCGCAGGGGAGGGCUAGGUCAUCAGUACCGUCACCAAGUGCCGUAGGGCCACUUCAGGGGUCCCGGGAGGGAGAGGCAGGGGAGAGGCAGGCCACACACCCACCCAGGGACACCGGUCCCCCCCACCGACCAUCUGGACAAACUCUCUCUGUCCUCAGAGAAACAUGACAACCUCUACAGUGCUCCUCCUGCCAACUUUCGCAACGCACCAAUCAAGGCCAGACUUCAGGAGAACUCUAGCCACCCAGACCUGGGACAAGCACAGUUAAGCCAAUUGAAGAAGGGGAGGGACGCACAGAGCUAGGCCUACAAGAUGCUCCUAAAGACGGUCAGCCAAUAAGCAAAUCAAGCCUGGACACUUCUAAAAUAGACAUCCCAUCCAGCAACGGCAUGGAAAUGGAGCCUGGCCGAGGCCAUAGGGAGAGCGGAAGGAGGAGGGGCCCUCACGGUUCAGUGCAACAGCCUGAUCAAUGGCAAGAGAGGCAAUUCAGAGGAACAGACCAAUGGGAUGCUCGGGGGAGCGGGUAACAUUGCUACUGGGAUGGGCGCGGUCUGCGACGCAGGGGAGCAUCCCGUAGCAGAGAAGGCAGAGCUCACAUGGCUGGUGGGAGGGGCUUCCAUCAGAGUGUGGUAGGGGGAGAUGU